AUGCCGACGCGUUCGAACGCCGGACCCGCGAAUUCUCACCUCAACCCAUCCUCCCCCUCUGCCCCACCAUCGCGCCCCCCCCCACACCAGACCGACAGCGAGCGCUACUCCUUCAUCGUGGAGUACCUCGACCCGCACGCGGGGCUGACGUUCCGGUACCAGCUCCUCUUCUGGGCCGCGGACUCGUCCGUCGAGAUGUACGACAUCAAAAACCGCCGCUCGUUUUUAAAGAAGACGCGCGUGCCCUCGAUCACGACCAAGGAUUUCUUCCUCGGCGCGACGAUCACGGUGUACUCCAGGCAGCUGAAGGUGGUCGAGUACGGCGACGCGCACACGGAGCGCGCGUUCGCGUCCGCGCGCCAGCGCGUCUUCGCGCUCGUCAAGCCGAACGCGAUCCGAUCGGCGGGGAAAAUAAUCCACGCCGCCGUCGCGAGCGGGUUCGUCGUCGCGGAGUGCAAGAUGGCGACGAUGCAGCGCGCGGACGCGGAGCGGAUGUUCGGCGACCGGAACGACCGCGCGCUCGUGAACGACGCGUGCGCGGGCGCGUGCGUGGGGAUCGCGCUCGUGAGCGAGGACGCGGUGGCGAAGUUCGCCGCGCUCAACGGCGAGAAGGCGCGUUCAUAUCUACACCGGUCCCCAUACGACCGCGUCGGCGGAUCGACCGACCCGUCCACGCUGCACGGCGCUUUCGGCGACGCGUGCGUCGCGUCGUCCUCGGAGUCUGACGCGGAGACGCAGUGCGCGACGUUCUUCGCGCUGCCGUCCGCGGCGAAGUUUGAGAACACGUCGCUGUGCAUCGUGAAGCCGCACGCGAUGGCGAACCUGGGGUUGAUCGUGGACGGCGUCCUCGAGGGCGGGUUCGCGGUGACCGGGAUGCAGACGUUUACCCUCGAUCGCGCAAACGCGUCGGAGUUUUUAGAGGUGUACAAGGGCGCGGUGCCAGAGUACAACGCGAUGGUGGACGAGCUCACGUCCGGGGCGUUUUGCGCGCUGGAGGUGGCGGCGAGCGACGGCGCGGCGGACGCGGUGACGGCGUUUCGCGAGAAGGCGGGUCCCGCGGAUCCGGAGAUCGCGAGGGCGCUCCGCCCGGAGUCGCUGCGCGCGAGGUUCGGGUUCGACAAGGUGAGAAACGCGGUGCACUGCACGGACCUCGCGGAGGACGGCGCGCUGGAGACGACGUACUUUUUCAAGAUUCUCCAGUCCGUGGCCGCGUGA